AUGGCCGACACCCUCCAACCACUGCUGGAUGACCUCACAAUCCCGGAGGACUUUACCCGAUAUGACACUAUCUCAGAAACAGAUAUAAUCGUGCGUCUCGAGAAUUGGCGGCGACGGGCCUCCACCGUGCUUUCAGAUCUUCGCGACCACCUCGAGGCCCGUCAGGCUCUAACCCUCGAUGAGCAGGCGAGGGUAGUCUCUGCAGUUGCGCUUUUUGAAGAUGAAGGCCCGUGGGUCCUUCAGCCUGCAAGAGAACGCGCUCUAGAACUCCUGGAACGAUACGCUACACCGAAUGUCGAGCUGUUGGAGCGUAUUCUCAAUCGCCACAUAAGGCCCCUCUUCCAGUCAAAUGCCCACCCCUCGCUGAAUCCGUCGACUGGCCGAACGCUACCCCGUCCUGCAGGCGGAUCCCUUGCACAACAGGAUUACUACGAAGGGCAAGUAUGGAAGACUAACCCUGGCUUAGUCAACCUGGUUUCGUGGUGCGUGAAGCACACCGAGAGCGAGGUAUACGAAAGAUUGUGGCAUCUCACCAUUCCGCCUGUAAUGACUCUCCUGGAUGAUUACGAAACCCGGUACAAACUACGUGGAAUCGAAAUUGUAGCGGACAUGUUGAAGAAGGUGCCUAAAGGUCUUCUGUACCGCACGGGUGUGGACGCGCUACUCUUCUCUUCCCUCAAGACGUGCCUGACAUUUCUGCAAAACCCUGAGACACCAGACCUCAUCCGCUCUGCUGUACGCACCGCGCUGCAGCUCGUCUUGCUUACCACUUCGCCCGACACCAUGCAGCGAUUCAACCAGCUUUGUGAGAUCCUGGGGAAUGGUAUUAUCGGAAGCGUGUGGAUGUACGCGACGCUCAACCCUGACGCGCUCGAAGCAUCCCUCGAAGUCCUCCCGGAAGUUGUACGCACGCUGGACAUCGGUACAGUACGCUACCUCUCGGCAAUCAUUCCGCAACUCGUCUUCCCUCUUCUGCCCGUACCGGAGAAUAGCCAGUCCACACGUUUUAAAUUGUUAUCCGUUGCUGCCCUUGCUGUUGUCAUCAGUGUGUGCGCGCCCCGCAUGCCCCAGUGGAAGGACAACAUUUUGGAAGGCAUACUCAAGUGCUGGGUUGGUCUCGUCGAUUCUGGAGCGGACGAUGAGACAGAAACACGAAAGCUCAAGAUUGCGUUGAGAGAUGUCUGUGCCCGUCUUGCCGACACGUAUCCGUCAGUUGUGGAUGUCGAGUAUGCACGAUUGCUACGAGUAGACUCACAGAUGUUCGAGCCGCUCGUGGGGCCCUUACAUGACGACGGGCGUAGCGUAGAUCCUACGUAUAUCUUGCAGCCGUGA